UAGAUGUCUAAUGAAAGAAAGUACAACUGUUGUAAUAAGUAUCGAGAUUCGCGUAAGAAAGAAUUUCAUAUAGCAACCUCACGUUAAUACAUCCAUGCUAUGUUGGGCCGUAGUAUAAUCAUGGCGACCAACAAAUCACGACUGGACGAUCUUGUACAAACGGUUACUCUUCACAACCCUCGAAAAUUGUUAUUCAAUGGUUACGUCUUACCCUUUGUAGUAUUGCAGUUUAUGUGGAUUUAUAGUUGGAUAUUUGUUUACGGUUUCGAUGAGUAUUAUGAUGCAGGCCUGGUUGGAAUUGCUGCAAUCGGUGUGCUACAAAUUUUUGUCUGCUUGUGCUGCCAAUGGUCUGUGCAUGUGCAUACCUUUUUGAAUUGCAGUUCGGAAAAAAAUCCAUAUAUAGCGACAAUUGCGAAGGUAGUGCCUACUCCAAAUAAUGGCAGUUCUGAACUUGUUAAAUUACACCAUGCAGAAAAACAAGAACCAUGGUUUGUAUUUCAAAAAACAAAGUAUUAUUGGGAACCAAAUACGAAGUGUUUUAAAAGUCUUCAGUUUCCUAUAAAUCAAUCAAUUAAACAUUAUUCCGAAUGGAAGGGAUAUCUCGAUGAGAAGGAAGUUACAACUGCCGAGGAAAAAUAUGGCAAAAAUAAAUUGGACAUGGUUGUACCGGAAUUUUGGGAACUUUUCAAAGAAAGAGCAAUCGCGCCAUUUUUUGUUUUUCAAGUAUUUUGCGUUGCACUUUGGUGCCUUGAUAAAUAUUGGUAUUAUAGUAUUUUCACUCUUAUUAUGCUUAUUAUGUUUGAAUGUACACUUGUACAACAACAACUCCGAAACAUGGCUGAAAUACGGAAAAUGGGAAACAAACCUUAUAUGAUAAUGGUUUAUAGAAACAGAAGGUGGCGUUAUAUGUUUACCGAUCAAUUAGUUCCCGGUGAUGUUGUUUCAAUAACAAGAUCACAAAAUGAUAAUUUAGUUCCAUGUGACAUGUUAUUACUAAGAGGUCCAUGCAUUGUGGAUGAAAGUAUGCUAACAGGUGAAUCUGUUCCUCAAAUGAAAGAACCAAUAGAUGAUAUAGAUGGCGACAGAGAUUUAAACAUAGAAGGAGAUGAUAAACUUCAUGUAUUAUUUGGAGGAACUAAAGUAGUACAACAUACAUCACCCAGUAAAAAUGUGUCAGGUUUGAGAGCCGUUGAUAAUGGUUGUGUUGCCUAUGUGUUGCGUACUGGAUUCUCAACAUCACAGGGUAAACUUUUGAGAACCAUACUCUUUGGAGUUAAACGUGUCACAGCUAAUAAUCUUGAAACAUUUGGGUUUAUUCUAUUUCUUUUGAUAUUUGCGAUUGCCGCUGCAGCUUAUGUUUGGAUCAAAGGCAGCGAGGAUCCAACAAGAAAUAAGUAUAAGUUAUUUUUGGAGUGUACACUUAUUCUUACAUCCGUUGUACCACCAGAAUUACCCAUCGAAUUGUCGUUAGCUGUAAACACGUCUUUGUUAGCUUUAUCUAAAUUAGGUGUAUUUUGUACAGAACCUUUUAGGAUACCAUUUGCAGGAAAGGUUGAAAUUUGUUGUUUUGAUAAAACUGGAACUUUAACUAGUGAUAAUCUCGUUGUCGAAGGGAUAGCAGGGAUUGAUGGUAAGGCAGAUGUGAUGCCACUCUCUGAUGCACCUUUAGAAAGUGUACAAGUACUAGCAACGUGCCAUUCCUUAGUGCAAUUAGAUGAUGGGAUCGUUGGAGAUCCACUUGAGAAAGCUACAUUGAAAGCUGUAAAUUGGAGCCUUACAAAAAGUGAUUCGGUAAUACCAAAAAAGGGCAAAUCACCAGUACUAAAGAUUUUACAAAGAUAUCAUUUCUCGUCGGCACUAAAAAGAAUGUCAGUUGUCGCAGGAUACACAACCCCUGGUUCAUCUGAAAAUAAUUACAUAGUUACUGUAAAAGGUGCACCCGAAACUGUUAAGAAUAUGUUAUCUGAAGUCCCCGAUAAUUACGAUUCAACGUAUUUGUCUCUUUCUCGUCGUGGUGCAAGAGUUUUAGCCUUGGGUUAUCGUAAGCUUUCAAAUCCUUUAUCUGCUCAGGAAUUGAGAGAGUUUACUCGAGAAAAUUUGGAAAAGAAUCUUUCAUUUGCUGGAUUUGUUAUUAUAAGUUGUCCGCUUAAACCCGAUUCUAAGGCAGUCAUUAAAGAAAUUCUUAAUGCUUCCCAUUCUGUAGUUAUGAUUACCGGAGAUAAUCCCUUAACAGCUUGUCACGUCAGUCGUGAAUUGCAUUUUACAAAAAAACCAAGUACUCUGAUUUUAAUGGAAUGUGAUGGUGAAUGGUAUUGGGAAAGUGUAGAUCGAAAAACACAAAUACCUUUAAGCAUAAAAAAUGUAAAAUCGCAAGGCAAUGAAAUUUGGAAAGAACAUACUCUUUGUAUAACCGGAGAGGGACUUUCGUAUUUAAAUGAAAAUAACAUAAGUCUUUUACGACAAUUAUUACCACAUAUUGUCAUAUUUGCUCGAUGCGAGCCUAAACAAAAAGAGUUUAUCAUUGUUUCCUUACAAUCAUUGGGAUAUACAACAUUGAUGUGCGGUGAUGGAACAAAUGAUGUAGGUGCAUUAAAACAUGCACAAGUGGGUGUUGCAAUAUUAUCCAGUCUACCUGAAAGAGUAUCGGCAGAGAGACGAGAAAAUUCGUCGUUUGGAAAUACGCACGUAGCUCUAACAAAUACGUCAACAAGUAACGGGCCUCGAAUGAACAUGAGACAACAAUCUAGUAUGCAAACAAAACUACCCAAAAUAUUAAAAGAUAUUGAAGAAUUGGAACAAUCUACCGUCAUAAAACUUGGAGAUGCAUCUAUUGCUGCACCAUUUACUAGCAAAAUGUCUUCUAUCCAGUGUAUAUGUCACGUUAUAAAACAAGGACGAUGUACGUUAGUUACAACAUUGCAGAUGUUUAAAAUUUUGGCUUUGAAUGCAUUAGUACUUGCUUAUAGUCAAUCUGUUCUGUAUUUGGAAGGUAUUAAAUUCAGUGAUGCUCAGGCGACUUUACAGGGUAUUCUUUUAGCAGCUUGUUUUCUAUUUAUAUCGACAUCAAAACCAUUGAAAACUUUAUCGAAACAAAGACCACUGCCAAAUAUUUUUAAUCUAUACACUAUUGCAACAGUGUUGCUACAAUUUGCUGUACAUUUCUUCUGUCUUGUGUAUUUAGUAAAAGAAGCUACACUAUUAUCUCCAAGCGAUGACAAAUUAGCAGCGAUUUUUGCUACCAAUACCGACGUAAAUCGAAACAUUUCUUCUGUCGAUACUUCCGAUAAAGAUGAAGACAAAUUUGAAGCAAGUUUAAUUAAUAGCACGGUUUAUAUAAUAGCUGUAGCACUUCAAAUAUCCACAUUUGCCAUCAAUUAUCGGGGUCAACCAUUUAUGGAGAGUCUAACACAAAAUAAGUCACUAUUGUAUAGUCUCUUGGGUAGUUCUGCUGUUGUCUUAUCAUUAGCUUGUGGAUUCUUACCAGACAUAGCUUCGCAAUUCGAAAUCGUUGAUUUUCCAAGUGAUUUUCGAAAAGUUUUGGUUCAAAUACUGGUGGCAGACUUUGUGCUUGCUUAUAUUGCUGACAGAACUUGUUUGUGGCUCUUUGGCGAAGGAAAACAUAACAAACUGCGAUGAGAAAGAAGAUUUGCUGAAUAAAAACCGUAAUAUAUAUAUAAGGUAAUAUUUUUUACGCACGAGAUGUCUCAAAGAUAAUUGUUUCAUCGAAAUAAUUUGUCUACAUACUAAAUAUUAAAUAUCUCAUGUUAUCUAAAGUAUAAACACAUAUUAUUU